UCGAUCAGCUUCUUCUCUCUUCCUCUCUCCGAUCUCGAAGCGAGCCUUAUUAUGAGGACGGCAGCAGGUUUCCACGAGACCGGUGGAACAAUUGAGGCAGCGGCGCCUUCCUCCGCCCCCGGCGGGCCCCACUCGCCGUGGCAGUCGCCGGUCCCCUACCUCUUCGGCGGCCUGGCGGCGAUGCUCGGCCUUAUCGCCCUCGCCCUCCUCAUCCUGGCCUGCUCCUACUGGAAGCUCUCCGGCUACCUCGACCCCGGCAACGAUGACGACGACGCCACCACCAACUCCGACCACGAGAAGCCUGCCGACGCCACCGCCGGCAAGGACCCCACCUUCCUCGACGACCGGUUCCUCGUCAUCAUGGCCGGCGAUCAUGCCCCCACCUUCCUCGCCGUCCCCAUUGCCGGCCGCCUAGCCGACAACACUACCACCUCCGCCUACGGAAACCUCGACGAAGAAGACAAGCAGCCGGAGGGUGCAGCGACUCCCCUACCCCAAUCCCAAUCCCAAUCCCAAACCCGAGAACAGUAGCCACAGAUUUCUCCCUUCACCUCUUUUCGGGUGCAUUUUGCAUGAUCCGGGAAUGUAAAUUUCUGAGUAAUAUUCGAGUCUUUGUUCACAUUCGUUCUCCGAAAUGGUCUUGCGGUACUUCAAAUCCUUCUCUUCCUACGUGAAGAAACCACAGUGAGAUAGAAGGAGAUCACGUCAUUGUAGUAAAUUAAGACGCCAUGAAUGGCGCUCGCCUGCACGCAGUUGCAGGAGUUACUGGCCAGGAGAAGAGAUCGUGUGGGGAGCCGUCGGCACACGUGUCGCGGCUGACCCUGGCGUCGCCUCCUCCGUGCUUGGGCUUUACGGACGCCGGCUAUUUCGACGGAUCCAUAUACCCCCUCGGGAAUCACCAGGACGAGGCCGUGCAUCGACCUCACGAAUCAAGGCUUCACGGAUCACGAAGCACGGCAUCAGAAUAAUUUUAAAGAGAUCAUAAAAUUAGAUUAACUUCUGCCACGUGGCUUGUAAUGGGUGUUUAUCUCAGUAAUGGAAUCACAUCGACUAAUUAAAAGGAAACUAAUUAUUAGCAUUAGAAGGCCCAAAUCGAUCGAUGAGUUAUUUGUU